AUGGGCACGGGCGCGAGCAAGGUCGCGUUCAGGGAUGUUCUUGCGCAGCUGAAGAACGAGGAUAUCGCCACGAACGACGCCGCGUUCUGGUCCAAGCUGUGGAAGACGGAGACGAAUCCCCAUGAUGUUUUCGAAGUAAUCUCCCCCACUGCCGUGAGAAAGCUGAAGGUCGCGCGUCCGGGAAACGUUGAGGCCCUCCUGAGGAUGGCUGUCUCGCACCUGGAGAAGGUGGUGGACGAUCCCGAUCCCUUCGUGCUCAAGAGCGCGAUGACCGCCGUGAGUGUGCUGACCAGGGUGUUGCCCUUCAUACUGGAGGCGUACACCGACCCGGAAACGGGGGAGGUCGAUCCCGCUCUGCAUUCGAUGUUCUGGUCGGCGGAAGAGGAACCGCCGUCGACCGCGGCGACGGCGACUAGGGAUGGGGCCGGGGCGGGGGCGGGGACGGGAGAACAGCAGCAGCAGCAGCAGCAGCAGCAACAGCAGCCAGAUGCACGGGUGGCGCUGGGGUCGGCGAUGGUGUCGGCCACCAUGCGGCUGCUGUUCACGCGGCAGCUCACGGUGGACGUGUACUCUUCGUGCGAAUCGGUCGACGCAGAUGCGGAUAACCCCCUUGAGAUCCAUGAUCCGAGGGCGUUGUGGUCGGGGGGGUUGGACGUGGGUAGGAAAGCAAGGAUCCAGCGAAGCCGAGAGCUGGAGGCUAAUCGAAUCGAGGUGAUGCGGCUGCUGCUGGUGCUGAUGUGCGAGCCUCUGUUCCAGCGGAACGUGGGCUUCGAUCCGACCGCCUCCAGGUUUGCGGAAGAGGUCUGCAAGGCCGACGCCCCGUUCGCCGCGGAGCUGUUCUUCUCCCUCUUGAGCGUCAUCGCCACGUACGAUCCAGUGGGCUGGGGGGUCCCGUACGCGGGGUCGUUCACCACCGACCUACCCGCCCGCCAACUGGAAAUGUCGGCACAGUUGUUGAUCGUGCUGCUGGACCACGGGAAGCCGCCGUUACCCGUGGUGACCAGCUCAGCGGGGCCGGACGGAGAAUCGCCGGACCAGCAGACGGCGGUAAGGGAAGACCCUCCCACCCCCGGCGACGUGGGCUACAACGUCUUCCGCAACCUGGUGCUGCACGGCCUUAAGGACGAGGAGGACUUCGAGCUCGUCUACACCGGUCUGUCGCGGCUGCUCAACACCCUGCACCGCUCGCGGAACACCUACAUGCCCGGGGCGGCCACGGAGGUUUACUGCUACCAGGAGGUGCUGGUGCUGCUGUGGAAGCUGCUAGAGGAGAACCCGGUCUUCAUGCAGUACGUUCUCAAGAACUGCGACAUCAAUGAGAUCUUGGUGCCGGUGUGCUACCUCCUGGUAGAGAACCGUAAGGACGUCUCCAAGGGGGGUCUGAUCCACAUCUGCACCUUCGUGCUGCUCAAGCUUUCCGGCGAGAGGGCCUUCGGCGUGGCCAUCAACAAGGCCUGCAGCGUGCGGCUGCCGACGGACCUGCCCCUGUUCUACGGCUCGCACCUGGACCUCCUGAUCCUGACCGUGCACAAGCUCCUGGUUGCCGGGUCGGACAGGCUGAGCACCCUCUACCACUGCUUCCUGACGGUGCUCUGCAACGUCUCUCCGUAUGCCAAGGGCCUGAGCCUGAUCGCGUCCGUGAAGCUGCUCAGCCUCUUCGAGCUCUUCACUAGUCCCGGAAAUCUGUACGCGUCGGAGGCAAACCAGACGUACGUCUCGCUGCUGCUGGAGAUGUUCUCGAACAUCAUCCAGUACCAGUACGUGGGCAACGCCCACUUGGUUUACGCCAUCGUUCGAAGGCAAGAGGCGUUCGAGUCGUUGUACGAGCUUGACCUGCCGGCAGCCGUGGCGGCGGCUUCGAAGUUCGCGCGGUCGGGGGCGGCGGCCGCACAGAAGGUACGCGCAGCGGCAGCGGCGGCGGAGGCAGCGGCGGCGGAGGCUGCGGCGGAAGCGGGGAACGGGGAGGCGGCACACGCGAUCGGCUUGAAGGCUGGGCCGGAGGAGAAAGGUGAAAGAGUUACUGCGUCGCAAGCGGUUCUGCGGCAGUCGCCAGGACCUUCCCAAGCACAGACGGCGUCCUCUAGAGGGCAAGGUUCUCCACAGGCGGAGGAGGCGCGAGCGCCGUCGGGGGCCGCCGGGGACGAGGCCCUGAUACCCCUUCGGUUCCGACCAACACAGGAGUGGCUGGACACCGUGAGGUCGGAGGUCCCCUUCAACACCAUCAUCCGGCUACUGCGCAACCUCGCCCCGCAGGUGGACGACAUGUGCCAGGAGGCAAACGGCUUGGACGAGAACACCAUGGUCGAGUUCGUGAGCAGCACAACCAUGGUCGGACUUCUCCCGGUGCCGCACCCAAUCGUGAUUCGGAAGUACCACCCCAACCAGCACACCGCCAUCUGGUUCACCGCCUUCAUGUGGGGAGUUGUCUUCGUGCGCAACCAGGAUCUGCCCAUGUUCGACGGGCAGAAAAUCCGUCUCUUCACGGUCACGAGCGGCGGGACACAGUAG